GCUCCUCGUCAUCUCUUUAUAUAGAUCAUCAUCAUGCCUGUAUUUCAAUCACUAGCUUGAGCUCGUUAAUUUCUCCUUUCCUCUGGUAAAAAUGCUGCAUAAGGUGCCGCUUUUAUCACUCCUGUUUUUGGGUUUACUACUCUGUUUCUCUCUUCAUGUAGAGGCCUUCCGUGAGGAUGUUUCAGCUGGGGAGAGACCUUAUCUGGUGAGGAAAGGACACAGGAGGUCUCUGGUGGUGACAGAAUAUGGAGAGAUUUCAGCUGCUGAAAUUAGAAGUGGAACAAAAGGGCCAUACCAUAUUCAGUUCAUCACAUUGGAGCCUAACUCCUUGUUGCUCCCUGUACUUCUCCAUGCUGACAUGGUCUUUUAUGUACACACAGGGAAUGGGAAGUUGAGUUGGACCGAUGGAAGAGAAAUGAAGAGGAUGAAUCUACGGAGAGGAGAUGUAUAUAGACUGCAGGCAGGCUCAGUUUUCUUUGUUCGAAGUAACCUAGACUCGGAAAGACAGAAGAUGAGGAUCCAUGCUAUCUUUUCCAAUACAGAUGAGGACAUAUAUGAGCCAUCAAUUGGAGCAUACUCUAGCGUCAGCGAUCUGGUCCUUGGAUUUGAUAGAAAAGUCCUUCAAGAAGCUUUUAAGGUCCCUGAAGAAGUUUUAGAGGAAUUAACCAGUGCAACGAAGCCACCAGCAGUGGUGCACGCAGUAACAAAGGAUCAGAAAUCAGUAUAUUGGGAAUCGGAAGACCGAAUGCUAGAUUUCCUGAUCGGAAACAAACAUAAGAAAAUCAAGGAAACCAAGACAUUCAACAUUCUAGAUGCUAAGCCAGAUUUUGAGAAUUGUAAUGGGUGGAGUCUGACUGUGGACAAACAUAGCUUGAAAUCACUAAGUGAUUCCAAAAUUGGAAUAUUCAUGGUGAACUUGACAAAGGGAUCCAUGAUGGGGCCACAUUGGAAUCCAAUGGCUACUGAGAUAGCAAUAGUGUUGCACGGGCGAGGGAUGGUUCGGGUGAUUUGUCAUAGCACAGCAAAUGAAUCAGAGUGCAAAAACAUGAGGUUUAAGGUUAAGGAAGGGGAUGUUUUUGCAGUGCCUAGGUUCCAUCCUAUGGCUCAAAUUUCCUUCAACAAUGAUUCAUUUGUUUUCAUGGGAUUCAGCACAUCAACAAAGAGAAAUCAUCCUCAAUUUCUGACUGGGAAGAGCUCAAUCCUCCAAAUAUUGGAUAGAGGCAUCUUGGCUGUUUCAUUCAAUGUUACUAACACCACAAUGGAUCAGCUUUUAAAAGCUCAGGAAGAAGCGCUCAUAUUGGAUUGCACUUCUUGUGCUGAGAUAGAGGAGAAAAAAAUGAAAGAAGAAUUUGAAAAGGAAAAGCAGGAAGAGGAGGCUAGGAAGACAGAGGAAGAGAGAAAGAGGGAGGAGGCAAGAAAGAAAGAAGAAGAAGAAGCUAGGAAAAGAGAAGAGGAGGAAGAGAGGGAAAGGGAGGAAGAGGAGGCUAGGAAAAGAGAAGAGGAGGAAGAAAAACAGCAAGAAGAGGAGGAGCAGCAGCAAGAAGAGGCUAGGAGAAGAGAAGAAAAAAAGAAGGGACAAGAGAAGCAAAGACAACGAGAAGAGACCCCCAGGAUGGAGCAUGAAGAGGCAGAGGAGGAAGAAAAACAGCAAGAAGAGGCUAAGAGAAGAGAAGAAAAAAAGAAGCGACAAGAGAAGCAAAGACAACGAGAAGAGACCCCCAGGAUGGAGCAUGAAGAGGCAAGGAGACAAGAAGAAAAAAGGCAAAAGCGACACUGGAAAGAAGAAGAAAGGGCUAAGGAAAGGGAAAGAUGUGAAAGAGGUGGGGAACAACCAGAGGAACAAGAAGUGGAAGCUAGAAAAGAAGAUCAAGAUCGUAAAGGUGAUGAAGGGAAAGGAAGAAGAGCUUUAAGGAAUCCGUGGAAGCUCUAAAUAUGACUACUUUCAAAGCAUUUAUAUGCAGUCUCUUGUUUUUAUGCUUGUUAACCACUCUUGUAAUAAGAUGUGAGAUCCACGUUUUGUAUCUCAGUUUUUGGCAUUAGUGUUUCAUGUAACGAGAUGAGUUUUUUCACGA